AUGUGGUCUGCCGAGAAAACUCUAGAACUAAUUGAAUUGCUGCAUUCAUCCCUAACAUUGUGGGAUGUAACAAAUGUGGAUUACAAAAAUAGAAUUAAAAAGAUGGAUGCCUUGGCGGGGAUAGCUGAUAAACUUUCUAUAACUGUAAGUGAUACAGAAAAGAAGAUAAAAGCCAUCAAAGUACAAUUCAGGAGGGAACAUGUGAAACUGAUUUCACUGAAAAGAAGUGGAAGUUCCCCAAAGAAGUGCUCAUGGUUUCGCUACGAGCCCCUCUUGUUUUUGCUACAGGGCCAAGAAUCCAGAGGAAGCCGGUCAACAGACUCACCAGAGAGAGAGGUUGCUGAAGUUGAAUCUGAGCAAGAAACUGAUGCUGUAAUUGAGAGUUCACAUCAAGCUGAAACACCUCAGAGCACUUUCCCGGCCCGUCGUUUGUCAGCUAAAAGGCCUGCUGACGAAGUGAAAGAAGCAUUUCACUUGAUGAAGUCUCUAGCACAACGUGUCACUACACGGGAUGAAUAUUAUGUGUUCGGUGAAAAUGUUGCCCAUAAACUGAGAGCAUGCGGAAGAAGUAAGCGCAACGGUAUCAAUAGCACAGCAUAA